AACCAUCAUGAGUGAUAUACCCGCAAUUCGUCGUCAGCUGAAGAUUCAAGCUGGGGGCGUGGCACGACUCGCAAAGGAAAAUGGUCUUUAUCGUAAAGAGGCUGAUCAACUCAAAUUGAAGCGCGAUAAACUGGUCGUGGAGGACGCUGAGAGUUGGGACGUCAAAAACGCAACACGAAUGAUUGAAGAAUCGGAGAAGAUGGUGAUAGAUACGGCGACUCGUCUGGGAAAGGCUGCUGAUGUCCUGAGUGACCUUGUGGUGCUUGCAGAGAAGGAAUCUGAACUAGCAGAGGACCCAGCGCUCGUGAAGGCGAAGGAAGCGCUGGAAGCUGCGAAGGCGUAAGCUUCAGGCGGUGAAUGGUGUAAUCGAUGUCUUAUGUAUUCGUACUUUAUUCAAACGUCAGGAAAACGAGAUGAAUGAGAAGAUGGUGGAGCUUACAGGAGAUUC